CUGGAGCUGGGUCCGGGGGUACUGUAGUUGGGGAGCGCGAGUGCCCAGGAGGGAGGGGGCAGCCAAAGAGGGCGGUGUCGGCGCCUGGUCGGGCCUGAGGAGCGCGUCCCCGGGGUAGUUUUGUGGCUGCUGUUUCACUCGCCAGAGCCAAAGCUUUGUUAAGGUUAUAACUCUACCGAUCUUGAAGUUUCCACAGAAGCAGUGCUGAUCGUGUUAGCUUGCUGUCUGUGCUGCUGAGAUAAUGUAGCGGAAAUGAUAGCUGAGCCCAACACAGCCAGUAAUCUUUCCAGCCAAAAAGAGAAUGCUGUCAAUGAUGAGACUGUACCUGAGUCUGCUGUGCAGAAUGGCAGCUGUGUGAGAAAUGGCAACCUGAAAACACCAAGAGAGAAAGGGAAGGUCCAAGAACAGUGUGAGAACGUAAGGAGAAGUUCUUCCAGUAGCAGAAGAGCCAGCCGGCUUCAGAAUGCAGAAGUGGUCGAGGCAGUUACGUUGUUUGAAGUGGUUAGCAUGGGGAAGCGGGCCAUGCAGUCUGUAGUAGAUGACUGGGUUGAAGCUUAUAAACAAGACAGGAAUGUGGCACUUCUAGAUCUAAUCAACUUCUUCAUUCAGUGCUCAGGCUGUCAAGGCAUGGUAACGGCAGAGAUGUUUCAGAGUUUACACAAGAAGGAUGUCAUGCGAAAAAUGACAGAGACUUUUGAUGAGGAAACUGGGUUGCAGUACAAGAAAUUCAUGGCCCAUCCUUGGAUCCUGACGGUUACUUGGCCAGUGGACACGGACAAUGAAGACUAUCCACUGAUCAGAACAGGACCUUAUUGGAAGAAGUUCAAGGCCAAUUUCUGUGAAUUUAUUGCAGUGCUUGUCCAACAGUGCCAAUGCAGCAUCCUCUAUGAUAGCUACUUGAUGGACACCAUCAUCUCGCUGCUUACAGGCUUAGCAGACUCCAUGGUCAGAGCAUUCAGACACACAAGCACUUUGGCAGCAAUGAAACUUCUGACAGCGGUUGUAAGCAUACAUCUGAACCUUGAUGUCAACAAGCACAAUGCCCAAAGAUUAUAUGAGGUGGAGAAGAAGAGGAUAAGUGGCAAGAAGACCAGUUACAGACUUGACCAGCUAGAGAGAAACAGGAAAGAGUGUGAGCAUAAGCUUCUGGAGAUACAGAACAUGAUGAAUGCUAUUUUCAAAGGGACAUUUCUAAACCGCUGCCGCGAUGUGAUCCCUGAAAUCCGAGCAACUUGCAUUGAAGAAGCAGGAAACUGGAUGAAAACAUACCCAGAUGUUUUUUUAAAUGAUAGCUACUUAAAAUAUUUUGGGUGGAUGCUGUAUGAUAAGCAAGCUGAAGUGCGAUUGAAGUGUCUUCUGGGACUGCAAGGCAUUUAUAGAAGAAAAGAACUUGUUUCCAAGAUGGAUCUCUUUACUAGCAGAUUCAAGGAUCGAAUUGUGUCCAUGCCUCUGGACAAGGACCAUGAAGUAGCAGUUCAAGCCAUGAAACUCUUGAUGCUUAUGUCACAGAACUGUGAGAAUGCGCUGUCAGCUGAAGACUGUGAAACGCUAUACCAGAUUGUUUAUGCCACACACCGUCCACUUGCAGCAGCAGCUGGGGAAUUCCUUUAUAAAAGGCUGCUUAGUCAUGAGGGAGAUGAAGAAGCUCAGCCCAAAGGCGGAGGAAUGUUUGGGGCGAGUACUGACCAGUUGAAAAGAUUAAUAUGUUUUUUCCUGGAAAGUGAGCUGCACAAACAUGUUGCAUACCUUGUAGACAGCUUGUGGGACUGGGCAGGCAAAUUCCUGAAGGACUGGGAGUGCAUGACCACUCUUCUAUUAAAAAAUUCUGAAGAAGAAGCACUGAGCGAUGCCCAGGAAAGUGUUCUCAUUGAAAUUAUGCUUGCAACGGUUAAAGAAGCAGCUGAAGGUCAUCCUCCGGUGGGCAGAGGUGCAGCCAAAAAAAUUCUGUCAGUAAAAGAGAAGAAAAUACAACUGGAAGAUUGUACCAAAAUUACUGAACACUAUAUUAUGGUGCUUCCUCAGCUCUUGGCAAAGUAUUCAACAGAUGCACAGAAAGUGGCAAAUCUUCUGCAGAUUCCUCAGUAUUACAAUUUAGAUAUUUACACUACAGGACAUCUAGAGAAGCAUUUGGAUGAUUUGCUGAGAGAGGUGAAAGACAUUGUGACAAAACACUCUGACAUGUCUGUCCUUGAGGCUUCCUCCAAGACUUAUCGUGUCCUCUGCAGUGAAGAAAUUGCCAUCUAUAGCCAGGCAGAUCACGCUCGAACUCAGCUGGUAGAUGAGUUGAUGGAACAGCUUAGCCAGCUACUAGAUGGCUUCUGGCAAAAGGAAGAAGGAUUUUGUAUGGAUGCAGGAGAAAUUUCUCGGAUACACUCUGCUUUGAGAAGAGUAGCAGCUUUUCAUAAUGCCCAUGAUCUUACCAAGUGGAACUUGUAUGAAAAGACUUUAAGGUUGCUGGUGUUUGAAACAGAGCACGGCAGUUUACCUGCUCUAAUGAUCCUGCCAGCUCUCCAGUGCACGUACUUCUCUCUUCUGUGGCAGCUAGCUGCAGUUUCAGAAAAUUCUCCCAAGGAGACUCUUUUUGUACUAAGAAGAGAGCUGAGAUAUUUCAGUCAGAUUUGCAUAUGCUUCCUCCACCAUAAGAAUAAAGAUGUAAGAGAAAAGGCCUUCAUGAUACUCUGUGACUGGAUGCUGAUUGUGAGUCAUCAGGAUUCGGAUAACAGUGAAGAAGCAGUUGGACUUCUGGGUUAUAUUCCUAGCACAUCACUUCAGGAGAAACUACUUUUGUUUAUUCAGGAGCAUGUUUUCAUGGAGGAAGAGGAGGAAGGCAAAGACCUGACAGAAGAGGAGGAGAGAAAGGAUGAAAGCUGCAGACUUGACGACUUGCACAAAAAGCGGAGCCUGCUUGCAGCAUAUUGCAAGUUAAUCGUGUACAAUGUGGUGGAGAUGGCUGCAGCUGCUGAGAUCUACAAGUAUUACAUGAAGACCUACAAUGAUUUUGGAGACAUCAUUAAAGAAACAUUAAGCAAGACAAGGCAAAAUAAUAAAAUCCAGAGUGCCAAGACACUGAUUCUCUGUCUGCAGCAGCUGUUUCAGACACAUGCAGAAGGCCAAGACAGCAGUAACGGAGUGGACUUCUCCUCAGCUUCCUUCAUGAAUAUGAAGGAACUUGCUCGUCGCUUUUCACUAACGUUUGGCUGGGACCAAGUGAAAUCUAGAGAAUCUGUAGCCAUGAUACACAAGGAAGGGAUUGAAUUUGCUUUUCAAGGAGCUGCUGGAGGAGAUGGAAAAUGCUUGCCUCCUAACUUGAGCUUUCUGUUAAUCAUCAGUGAAUUUUCCAACAAGCUGCUAAAGCCAGACAAAAGACUAGUGUACGCUUACUUAAAGAGGUACAUAACAGAACCACUGCCUUGCAGCGGCGAUGAAUGGCAGCCACUGAUCUCGUACAGAAACUCUUUAUUGAUUAAUGAAGAUGAGGAGAGCUCUGUCCUCAGCAGUUCAGGGGAGUGCCCCAUGGGCACAUCUAAGGCGUCUUCUUUUAAAAGGAAGUUAUCUAACGGGUCUCUGCCUGAAACCAGCCAGACUGAAGCGGUGGGUGAAGCCCUGGGCCUGCAGCAUGCUUCCCAGCUUGCCUCUGCAGCAGGGAGAAGCAGAAAGAGGCUGAAAUCUCGAGAGGUGCACUUGCAGAAGCAUUUGCCAGGAGGGCUGCAGAGAAGCUGCCGUAAAGACAGGAUUAAGACAGAAGCUAUCUCAGAGUUGGGUCGAGCAGAAGAUACAGCUGAAGAUGUCGAUGUUGAUGUGGUUGAUGCAGACCAGUCAUAUGCCUGUUAAAAUGUAGACUAUUUGUUUGGACCAUGUGAUUGGAGCAGCUCCUAUUGAAGAUGGGAGAGUUAAGACACUGAGAGGAAAACUGGAAGUGAAGAGCACACUAUUGCUUUCUUUCCCCUGCAAAUUGUUUAACUGAAAAUGGGGUUGUUAUGGUACCAGCCAAGGAAGGAGGAGAUCACGUCAAGUCAAAUCCCUACCUGUAGGCAUCCACCUCAGAAGCAGUUACUGGCACCAUGGCUGUUUCUCCACAUUGCUGUUUGUGGGUGGGUUUGAUUUGGCUGUUGCACUUCUAAGGUUGUGAGCAUUAUGAACAUCAUUAUUCAGCUGCAUCCUGGUCUUUGAUGCUGUCUUGGAAAAAAAAUCCCAACCUGAGGACUGGAAUCAGGGUACUGACAAAUACUGAGUCAGAAACACCAGGGUAGAUGAGACAAGCUUGCUCAAACUGGUGUGGAGACAGCAUUCUGCUGAAUGCAUUCUUUGCCAUUUGAGGUAACCAAAGUUGGUAUCUACUUGUUACCUUGUACCUGAUGCCAGGGUGAAAGGAACCCGGCCCAGCUGUGCACACUGUGACCUGCUGGGUGAUGGAAAGUGACUUGGCAGUGCUAGUCACUGCCUGUGAAACAGGAAAGAUGGAACAAAUAAUCCAAAAGUAUUCCUAUAAAUUCCAGUGCUUACAGAGAUGUGGUUAGUGGUCUGUGGGGAUCAGGAUGCAUUCCCAGGAGACUUGCAUCAAGGCUUCUACUUAAUAAAGAAACAGCAGACUACAUGACUAAGUAUUUUCCUCUGGAAGAAAUCCUUCAUACACAGCAAUCAUGUGGUAUUUACUUGGGAAAUAUAAAGCCUGACAAGACAAUGUAAAUAGACUCUAAAUACGACCCUCCAAAAGUAGUUUUUCCAUUAUGGAACACUGAGGAGUGUUGCAGAGGCAGCAGGCUGGGGAGUGCUGGCUGCUUUCACUGACCCUUUGUCACUGCUCCCUGGAAUUGUACAUUGUGUUAAGCCUAUUUGCUUAAUUUUUUAACACCCCCCCACAC